AUGCCGACUGCCUGUCGUGCGUCAGUCAUAUGUUUUUGUGUGUCUGCAGGUUCCUCCUAUUAUGACAACGUGAGGCCGCUGGCAUAUCCUGACUCAGAUGCGGUACUCAUCUGUUUCGACAUCAGCCGCCCAGAGACUUUGGACAGCGUUAUAAAGAAGUGGCAAGGCGAGACCCAGGAGUUUUGUCCCAAUGCCAAGGUGGUGCUGGUGGGCUGCAAAUUGGACAUGAGGACAGACGUCAACACCCUGAGGGAACUCUCCAAGCAGCGGCUCAUCCCCGUCACUCACGAACAGGGAAGCACGAUAGGUCGACAGAUGGGGGCGGUGGCCUAUGUUGAGUGCACGUCCAAGGUUUCGGAGAACAGCGUCCGAGACGUGUUCCACAUCACCACGCUGGCGUCGGUGCAGCGGACGCACAAGCCGCAGCUCAAACGCAGCAGUUCCCGCAGGGGCUUGAAGCGAGUGUCGCAGCAACCCCUGCCGCCGCUGCCGGGUCGGACUGAGCAAAUGGACCAGGCCCCGACCAUCAGGAAGGACCGAGCCAAGAGCUGUGUGCUCAUGUAGAGACCCAUUCUUCUAAAUAUAUGUAUAUACCUAAACACAGAAAUAUAUAUCAGAGGAAGUCUAUUUAUUGUUUUUUUUUUUUGUUUUUUCCUCAUGUUUUCAUUUUUUGCACUGCAGAGGAGUGAGGAUAGAAGAAACACUGCGCUGUGAAAACAAAAUGCUUUGGGAUUUUUUUUUGUUGCUGCCUGUGUGCAUAUUUUCUAAGCUGUUUACAUAUUUGUGUUGUUUUGAAAUUAUGGAAAAUUGGACUAACUCUCCGGACACGUGGAAGCUGUGAUAGCGGAUGUGGCUUCCCGUCCUGGGUAUUAAAGAGGAAUUAAUUUCCUGAAAAGGCUCAAAUGAAAGGAUGGUACUUCGGCGGAGCGGCGGUGAGGAGAGAGAUGUGUGCGUGGGAGGAGCCACGGUGAAGAAGGACGUCUGUGGAUGAAACUUUUCAAAAAUGAUGUCGCUGAGCGCACGAGGACUAAGUGUCCAGCUUCAGUCUGUAGUUGCUUCCUGUCGCCAUAUCUGAGAGAGAAACUUGUAUGUACAGUCUUGCUGAAAAGGGAUUAGAUGAAACGAUGAGUCAAACCAAACAUUAGGAGCUGGAAAUGAGAUUUUGUGACACUGAUGGAAAUGUUGUGAAGGUGUGUGUGUGAGCGUUACAACCACAAGUGCAUUUUAAGAAUUAAGAAAAAAGUCACAGCACAGCCAAUCUGAUGUUAUGUUGCUCAUUUUAACACCAUUUUUCCCAUCGACUCCAACUUGUGUCAGUAUCACUGAAGUUAAUGCUGUUGUCACUAUUUUUAAGUUGUUUCUUUGUGGAAAAUAAAGUGAGAAAAUGUUAGGGCUAUUUUGUUGUACUUUCACUAAACUCUAAAAUAAAGCAGCAUAACACUACAGGGACACAACACUAUCUAGUUUCCGUCAUGUCUUUUUUUAGUUGGUUCGUUUGUUUGUUUUUCAGCAGGAUUAUGCAAAAAACAAAAACGGAUUUCCUUGAAAACUGGUGCAAGGAUAAGACAUAGGCCCACGAGGAAACCACCAAAUUUUGUGGAGUUGAUCCUGACAAAGGAAUUUGUUUUCACAGCUUUGUUCAACAUUGUGAG